AUGAACAUACACAUGCGAACGCAGAAUGUGUCCCCAUUGUCUCCCGUUUGUGCUACUAGAAGUGCAAUAGGUCAUAUUGCGUCUGAUGUGUCACGAGGCAGAGCUGAGCAGCAUGUAGACACAGGAAUCAUUGAGAAAUCGAAGCGCACUUAUGCAGGCUAUCCAUCCAGACAAGACGAUACAUGUGCAGAGGGUGGUGAAAAAUGCAGUCUAUUUAAUGGGCGCAUUCGUAGAAUUAAGAUCGACAGUCUGCUCAAAAGGCCUGAUGAGCUCAAUCUUGCCAUCAUUCACAGAACCAUCACGGACAUUCUUGACUGUGGCAUGACCUUGGAGUCCGCCCAAGUGGAUGUCAUAACUCAAAUGAUGCUAAAAUGUUGCGACGAAGAUCAUGUUUUGGCACUGCAAACGGUAUGCCUGGUACUAUUGGCGUGCGCAGAAUCUCUCACUGAAAGCGCCGUAAAAAAGAUUGGGGAUAUUAUGGGAACAGCUACAACUGCCACAAGUGCGACGGAACAGCUGGCGCUUGUCGACUUGUAUCAUUGCAUUUCAUCGCACCACUCUUAUGUUAUGCGCCAGCUAUCAUGUGGUCAACGCUCGUACAUGCAAUUCCUAAAUGAAGUUCGACAGUAUAUAAGAUUGAAAGUGCCUUGUGAUACAGAUUCAAAGGAAAUAGAGGAUCUGCGACACACACUGAACGCUCUCAACGUUGAACACUACGCAGCCAUCGCAGGGCACGUGUACUUACCGAUCGUAUUAAGUGGCACGCAUAUGGUGAUAGAAUUGUCAACUGAAAGUGAUCUGAAAUGCUUAAAUAUGGAAGGAGCUCAUCCCAUUAAAUUGUGA